AUGGGAGGUAUCGGUCAUACGUCUAUUUCACCGGCCGUCGCGUCUGAUGGCGCUGGUCAGGCCAGGAAGCGAAAUGUUGUUAUGGCGGGGCUCGACAGCUCACCCGGGAGUAUCGAUGAUGUUGAAGAAGGCGAAGCCCGCGACGAGAAGAGAAGACAGCCGGUCAAGCGGGCCUGCAAUGAAUGUCGCCAGCAAAAGCUCCGAUGUGAUGUGGUUCAAGAUCCAUGGACGGACUGCUCCCGCUGUCGCCGACUGAAACUCGAUUGCAAAAUCGAAUCUAACUUCAAACGGGUUGGGAAGCGAAGCCGAAAUGCGGAAAUGGAGCGAGAAAUCAUCGAGCUCAGGAAGCAGAUUGCGAGCGUACAAUCCGGGCCAGUUGGGCCGCAACAAUCGCAUCUUCCUUCGGCACAGCAGACCCCAAAACAAGAAAACCUCUCCACUCAAGUCAGCCCGGCUAGAGCUUACCAGACGCCCUCUGCCAUGUCGACGGCAGAUCAAUUCAUGGGAUCACACGAAGCCGUUGCCUCGUUACUCGAUUUGCGCUCGGGCUACGACGGUUCGAACUACAUGAGGAAUGGGAACCAGCACUUUAAGCGAAUCGAAGAUGUGGCGGUGGUACCAGAGAGAGUGACAGAACUGUUUGAUCUAUUCUUCACGUACUACCAUCCGUUCCUUCCAUUCCUUGACCGCGAGCAAUCACCGGAGGAGUACUAUACUGUCUCGCCGUUGCUAUUUUGGACCAUUAUCAGCGUUGGCGCUCGCCGGUAUCAACCCGAUCAGAACCUUCUAAACUCAUUGGCCGGACCGGUAACACGACUGGUUUGGAGUACGCUAGCCGACGUCCCACAGAGCUAUCAUGUCGUCAAAGCGCUCUGUCUGCUCUGCAGUUGGCCCUUUCCUACAAGUAGUACUUCUUCGGAUCCCACAUUUAUGCUAUGUGGUUUGAUGAUACAGAUUGCUAUGCAGCUUGGAUUGCACCGGCCGUCACAUACGCAGGAUUUCAGCAAAUACAGGGUGGAGCUCGUAGAGGAAGAGCUCAGAGACAAAGUCCGAACAUGGGCGACUUGCAAUAUAGUUGCACAACGGGUUGCAACGGGAUAUGGCCAGCCACCGUGUACAUUGUAUGAUUGGACGCUGUCGUCCCAGGAGUCUAUGGAUCCGAAUUUCAAGCUCCCCGAAAGCAUCAGGCACAGACUUGAUAUUGAGAAGUUUUGCGACAAGGUCACGAAAGCCCUGUACACCAACCGCCGCGAUCCUGUUGGAUUGUGCGGUAGUCAAGAGCGGUCUACAUUAACGUCUCUCCUUUCGCGAGACUUGGAUGACCUGGAGACUGCACUGAAGCCGCACAACGAUUAUGUCACCGAUCUGUAUUUGCGCGCUUCGAAUCUCCACCUUCAUCUCUCUGCUUUCUUUGACGAUUUUACCGCCAAAGACUACCGCGAGCGACUCCUCUCUCUUUUCUUCGCAGCUACCUCGUUUCUUGAAGCUGCAAUGAAGCUACAGACUCAGAUUGGGCCGAUGCUCUCCUACACGCCAUAUUACAUCUAUCAAAUGAUGGUUGCUGGGGGCUGUACUCUAUUGAAGCUGUGCAAGAGUUUCUUUGCAUCGCACAUUGACAUGGACUACGCCAAGGGCCUCUUCAAUCGCACUAUUUGGGCUAUCCGUAGCGCAUCAGUGAUAUCAAACGAUCUUCCGGAGCGACUGGCCGAAGUGCUGGCUCAGAUGUGGAAGCUUGGAAGCGCACCGUCUCCAAAGGCGCCUCCCGAUAGCGUCGAAAUGGACGAUUCGUUAAUGCUCAAGGUACGAUGCCGCAUGAGCAUGUCUCUAUUAUUUGACUCAGUGUGGCGUUGGCGGGAGGAUACGCGGACCAAGGGCCGCAACAUUGAAGCGUACCUCAAAAACCCAACAAACCCCGACUCAAAUGCCGAAUCUUCUGCUUCGUCAUCAAUAGGACCGCCACGCACAUCACCUGGACUUGCCACUGGGGACCCUAGUCUCGCUCCGGCUCUCCUCCCUCAGCCCAACAUGGGUGUGCAACCCGCAAACAACCUUGGCGGCCUGCCUAGCGGAUUCAUGGAGCCCAACUACGAGGUUUUUGAUCCCCUGAACUGGCUUCUUGACGGCUUGGUAGACCUGCCGUAUCCUUACUCCGUUUCUGGUAUGGAGACACAAGGAAUUGCAUAA